AUGGAACUCCAAGCAGCACGAGGGCAACGGCGUCCUGCACCCGAGAUAGACGGCCGGUCGCUGCCCAGGAGAUCUCGAAGGCGUAUUGAGGAUGAUCCAUGCAACUUAUGCAAGCUGAUGUUUUCUCGCAAAGGGCUGCAACGUCUGAAUUCGGUUGAUGGGCUGCAACAUCACACCCGAGCCGGCUGUAUCGCCUCUCGAGAUGAGGGUUGCAAAAUCUGCAAGUUCAUCUUCCUAGCGGUUCAAAAGGAUUGCAAAGAACACGAUCGAGAUUGGGAUGAAAAUAGCCAUCUUGUAUUUCGCAAUAAUCACCCACAAAGGCCAAUUAGUAACUCAGGCAUCUAUGGUCUUCAAUGCUCAUUGGAAGGCGGGCUUAACAAUCACGAAAUCGCUAUAGAUACAUUUGCCAAAGAAGACAACGUUAUGGGGGGAAUUGUACAAAGACGGCCUUUAAACCGAAAUGUAAAGAGUGCCAGUGUCUUUUCAGCGGCAAGGUCUUUGCUAGAAAAGUGUAGGCAUCCUACAGAGCCGCACAAGCAUUGCCAGUAUUCACGAGACACCGUACUGCCGUCUCGGGUUCUUGACGUUGGGAACUCCGACGACUCUCGACCAACACUCAACUUGAAAGUCAACGAGACAGAGACCCACGCACCUUACCUAGCUUUGAGUUAUUGUUGGGGAGGUCCGCAACCUCUCCGAUUAUUGCUCGAGAAUGUUGAGGAACUGACGGCUGAUAUCGAUUUCGAGGAACUUCCACGGUCUAUACAAGAUGCCGUAUUUGUCACUCGCGAACUUGGCUUUCGCUACCUUUGGGUCGACGCGCUUUGUAUCAUCCAAGACUGUGUAGCCGACAAGAAAAGGGAGAUUACUCGCAUGUCGUCCAUCUACAAAAAUGCUACGGUAACCAUAGCAGCAUCUUCCUCUAAGAGCGCAACAGAAGGAUUUCUCUCGAAUGAGACAGAGCCCUAUUGUCCCGAUUUCGAAUUCCAGGUCCCAAUGUCAGGUAACAGGGUGGGCACCGUAUACAUGUCCGCAGAGUCGUACGAACCAGAGCACCAUCUAGACACGAGAGGCUGGACCUUCCAAGAGUUCAUGUUAUCGACAAGACUUCUUUUUUUCUCCGAUUAUGAGCUUUUGUGGCAGUGCAAAGAAGUACAUCUAAGGGGCGUUUCUGAGAGAGGGCUUGAGUAUACACAGCCGCUGGAAGCUCUCCCAUGGGUAGUGUUUGAUGACGAUGCAGAGCCUCACUACGGAAGCGAUGACACUGACAAAAUCUACCUUUGGAAGACGGUUGUGCAGCAGUAUACUGAGCGCGACCUGACGGUGCCAGACGACAGACUCGACGCCAUUAUGGGCAUAGUUUGUGAGCUAGAGACGCUGUGGCGACACGAAUGCAUAUACGGAUUAUGGAAAAAGUGGUUUAUAGAGCUCUUGGCGUGGUACAAACCCUAUAGUGAGAGGGAAAAGACGCGACAUAUUGAGCGGGCGCCUAGUUGGUCUUGGGCAUCUUUGAAUGGCGUGGUUAAAUACAAAGCAUCUAUUUCAACCGAGGACGCCAAGAUCACUUCAUUAACCGUGUCCGCUGUGGAACUAUCAUGCCGAGUUCUCAACGCAGACCGCAUAAAGGGCGAUGAUCGCUUUAAAAUACAUGAAGAGCCUGAUCUCGUUGAUGCGGCCUCAGAGGCACGACGAAGUUAA